AUGGCAUCUUCACGGGAUUUGGAAGAUUAUUCAUCUGAAGCCUCAAGCACCUCACAAGACAUUCAUAAAUCUAAUGUUGAAGAAGGGAAGAAGCAUGAGGUGACAACAAUGAAGGAGAAAGGUAUCAAAUUUGAAGAAAGUAAGGUUUCCAAUUCCAAAACUCACAUGGUGUUAGAUUUUGUUAAGUUUUCCAAUGAUCAAACACUUUGUGGGUCAAAAGUGGAAUUGGAUUUUUUCAAUGCCAAGGGUUCAUCUUCUAGGGCAAAUCACACUCAAGGAAGAGAUGAACACAAUAAAGAGGAGAAGCCAUCAUCAGAAACCAACAAGACCUUUUCCUGCAACUUCUGUCAGAAAGAGUUUUCUUCUUCACAAGCAUUGGGAGGACACCAAAAUGCCCAUAAACAAGAACGUGCUCUAGCAAAACGAAGACAAGGGAUUGAUGGUGGUGCUUUUGGAAACCCUCAUUUUCUCUAUUACCCUUAUAAUCCCACACACUCUUUCUAUGGAUCUUACAAUAGGGCACUUGGGGUUCGAAUGGAGUCAAUGAUUCACAAACCUAUGUAUCCUUCAUCUUCUUCACUAGGUUUAAGGUUUGGUCAAGGGUUGUUGAGACAAGAGACGAUGAACUCUUCUUCUUGUUCUUCUUCUGCUGUUGGUUUGCAAGCAAAUGCUGGAAUCAAGAUUAUGGGGAGAGACACAACUUUUAGGGCACAACGUGAUCAUGGUAAUAUCAGACACAGUAUUCCAUUCCUUGCAGAAUCUUCUGCAAAUGUUACUGCCAAAACAAAUUUGACUCCAUUGAAUCAUGUGGAAGACAAUGAUAAUGAUCGCACCAAGAAAGAAGGAACUUCAAAUCCUAGUUCUUCUGAUGAAAUUGAUUUGUCACUUAAACUUUAG